UUACGUGCCCCUCCCCACUGCCAGGGCUACUCCCUUUUCAGCCAGCAAGGCAAAAGCUGCUCCCAGACCCCGUCACCCACUGUCCUAGCGACAUGACUGCCCAGUACUUAGCCCUUCCUGCUCCUGCUGACAGAGCCCGUGGGGUGAGCCCGCCCGUUCCCAGUUGACCUGGAUUACAGCACACAGCAGAAGGCAGGAAGACAUUCCCAGAAUGUCCUUCAUUUCUUUGGUCAUUAUUACUUGAUGCUAGAGAGGGUGAGACUGGGAAGCGCUGAAAGGCAGGAGAUGAAGAAACCUUAUAGUUUCCACCAUCCUUUCCGUCGACCCCUAAGGAAAGGACAGAGGAUAAAGACGGCUCAUGUGUCUUUAGCCUCUAGCACUGUGGGAUUGGCUGGACAGGUGGUUCACACGGAAACCACGGAGGUUGUGCUGACGGCUGAUCCUGUCACGGGCUUUGGAAUCCAACUGCAGGGCAGCGUGUUUGCCACAGAGACGCUCUCCUCGCCGCCUCUGAUUUCCUAUAUUGAAGCUGACAGCCCAGCAGAGAGAUGUGGGGUGCUGCAGAUUGGAGACAGAGUCAUGGCCAUUAACGGAAUUCCGACGGAAGACAGUACCUUUGAGGAAGCCAAUCAGCUCCUGCGAGACUCUUCCAUCACAAGCAAAGUCACACUGGAAAUUGAGUUUGAUGUUGCAGAGUCUGUCAUCCCAAGUAGUGGAACAUUUCAUGUAAAACUGCCUAAGAAGCACAGCGUGGAGCUUGGAAUAACCAUCAGUUCACCAUCCAGUAGAAAACCUGGGGACCCUCUUGUCAUUUCAGAUAUCAAGAAGGGCAGUGUGGCACACAGAACUGGAACGCUGGAACUUGGGGAUAAGUUGCUCGCGAUAGAUAACAUCCGGCUGGACAACUGUUCCAUGGAAGACGCAGUCCAGAUCCUCCAGCAGUGUGAAGACCUGGUGAAGCUCAAAAUCCGCAAGGAUGAAGAUAACUCAGAUGAGCAAGAAAGUUCCGGAGCGAUCAUUUAUACGGUGGAGCUGAAGCGCUAUGGGGGGCCCCUUGGCAUCACAAUUUCAGGAACUGAAGAGCCCUUUGAUCCUAUAAUCAUCUCAAGCCUCACUAAAGGGGGAUUAGCUGAAAGGACUGGAGCGAUCCACAUUGGAGAUCGAAUCCUAGCCAUCAACAGCAGCAGCUUGAAGGGAAAGCCUCUGAGUGAAGCCAUCCACUUGCUACAGAUGGCAGGAGAGACUGUCACCCUGAAAAUUAAGAAACAGACAGAUGCCCAAUCAGCAUCAAGUCCCAAGAAGUUCCCCAUCCCCAGCCACUCGAGUGACCUGGGAGAUGGUGAAGAGGACUCCUCCCCAAUACAGAAGCCUGGCAAGCUCUCUGAUGUGUACCCCUCCACGGUGCCCAGCGUGGACAGUGCUGUGGACUCCUGGGAUGGGUCUGGAAUUGAUGCCAGCUAUGGGAGUCAAGGCUCCACUUUCCAGACUUCAGGAUACAAUUUCAACACCUAUGAUUGGAGGAGUCCAAAACAAAGAGGCAGCCUGUCCCCGGUCCCCAAGCCUCGAAGCCAGACUUAUCCAGACGCGGGGCUGAGUAAUGAAGACUGGGAUCGGUCCACAGCCAGCGGCUUCGCAGGGGCCUCCGACAGUGCAGAGGCUGAACAAGAGGAAAACUUCUGGUCUCAAGCACUGGAGGACCUGGAGACCUGCGGCCAGUCGGGGAUCCUGAGAGAGCUUGAGGCAACAAUCAUGUCGGGGAGCACCAUGAGUUUGAAUCAUGAGGCUCCAACAGCUCGCAGUCAGCUGGGGCGGCAGGCCAGCUUCCAGGAACGGAGCAGUUCCCGGCCACACUACAGCCAAACGACUCGCAGCAACACCCUGCCCUCAGACGUGGGCAGGAAGUCGGUAACCCUGAGGAAAAUGAAGCAAGAAAUAAAGGAGAUCAUGUCCCCAACUCCUGUGGAGCUUCACAAGGUGACCUUAUAUAAGGACUCCGGCAUGGAGGACUUCGGGUUCAGUGUGGCAGACGGCCUGCUGGAGAAAGGGGUGUAUGUCAAAAACAUCCGCCCAGCCGGGCCAGGCGAUCUCGGCGGCUUGAAGCCCUAUGACAGGCUCCUACAGGUUAACCACGUCCGGACCAGGGAUUUUGACUGCUGCCUGGUAGUGCCGCUCAUAGCCGAAUCUGGCAACAAGCUGGACCUGGUCAUUAGCAGAAACCCACUGGUCUCCCAGAAGUCAGUAGAGCAGCAGGCCCUGCCAGGAGACUGGAGCGAACAGAACAGCGCUUUCUUCCAACAGCCCAGCCACGGUGGGAUUCCCGUAGAUGCCAUAUACUUUUGGCAAAGCCUGUGAGAAAGACCAUCAUCCCCUUCCACGAACAAACUUUGGGCUGAUGUCAUCAGGCAAGGACGUGAGCCAGCACACGACAGUCCCCAAGUUCACUCUUACGUUCACAGAUCUGCAAUAUUGGCCUUGGUCAAAGCAGGAAGGCUCCAGCAGACUCAGAACUGGGGCUGAGUAACACUGCCAUUUUCUCUUUGUACACCACCACACGAAAUCAUAACCCUCACCCAAUGUUGGUGAGAAGAAAUAUAACUCAAGAAAUUUUUUUUGAA